CUCUACUGGUAAUUUGUUGCCUUCUAUUGGUAGCAUGCUAUGUCUAGUGGACACCAUUAAGGACCAAUAACGGUAAUGGUAAUGGUUUUAAUGGUUAUAUUAAGAACUGUACUGGUUUUAAUGGAAAUUGUAAUGGCCCCCAAGGGUCUCUACUGGCAAUUUGUUGCCUUCUAUUGGUAGCGUGUUCUGUCUAGUGGAUACCAUUAAGGACCAAUAAGGGUAAAGGUAAUGGUUAUAAUUGUCAGCUAAUGGUUUUUAAUGGUAUGUAUAGUGGAAAACGUUAGAAUUUCUGUGAAGGUUUCUAUUGUUUGUUUGUUUUUUCAACAGGGAAGCUAAUUUAGCAUUAUCUUUGGUGGCUCUGGAUGGAUGCAGAAGAUAAACAAAUGAAUGAAAGACUGAAUUAAUGAAUGAUUCCAGCCACUUAAACGUAAAGCUGUCACUUCCGACCACUAGAGGGCAGCACCAAGAAUGAGCCUGAUGAUGGAGAACACAUUUGAGCGCUCGAAGGAGGAGAAUGAGGAGGAGAAGAGGCAGUUGGAGGAGGAGGAGGAGGAGGAGGUUUCGGGGGAAACUGACUGACUGACUGACUGACUGUUCGACCGUUGUUUUUUUUUUUUGUUGUUCCUCUGGAGAGUCGUGUUUGAACGGUGAGCAGGAACAUAAACACACCGCCAGGAAGAAAACGGACGGAAAAAAAAAAUCCCCCAGACAACGGAAAUAAGACCGAGGUUCGUCCGCAGUCUGGAGAAGGAGAAAGCAACCGAAGAGGAGCUAUUGUGUUCGGGGUCCGUGGAGGGCUCCGACUGGGGGGUUCACCCGGGAGGGGGGCGGGAGAAGGAGCCACUAGGACGCCGAAGGAAGCAGCCUGAGAGUCGGAUACUCUUCCAGGCUCGCCGCCGUGGCGAUUUAACUAUUCAGAAGAAUAACGUUAAAGCCGCGGGGGAGCCUGAGUGAAUGGGAUGGAGCCGGGACCAUCUGGAGCUGUGCCCAUGGGGCCGUACCCCCCGCCCCUGCAGCAGGUCUUCCAGGCUCCCCGGAGGCCGGGGAUGGGCACCGUUGGGAAGCCCAUCAAGCUGUUGGCCAACUACUUUGAAGUGGAGAUCCCCAAAAUGGAUGUCUACCACUAUGAGGUGGACAUCAAACCCGAUAAGUGUCCUCGUCGAGUCAACAGGGAAGUCGUGGAGUACAUGGUACAGCAUUUCAAACCACAGCUCUUCGGAGACCGCAAGCCCGUAUACGACGGCAAGAAGAACAUCUACACAGUCCUGGCUCUUCCUAUAGGCAGCGAGAAGGUGGACUUUGAGGUGACCAUACCAGGUGAGGGGAAGGACCGGAUUUUUAAGGUGUCCAUCCGCUGGCUGGCGAAGGUGUCAUGGCGGCUGCUCCAGGAGACACUAGUGAGCGGGCGGCUCCAAGUCCCGCUGGAUUCGGUGCAGGCUCUGGAUGUGGCCAUGAGACACCUGGCAUCCAUGAGGUACACUCCGGUGGGCCGCUCCUUCUUCUCUCCCCCUGAAGGGUACUACCAUCCACUGGGAGGAGGACGAGAGGUCUGGUUUGGCUUCCAUCAGUCCGUACGGCCGGCUAUGUGGAAAAUGAUGCUCAACAUUGACGUGUCAGCCACCGCUUUCUACAAAGCCCAGCCCGUCAUCGAGUUCAUGUGUGAGGUCUUAGACAUCCGCAACAUUGACGAGCAGCCCAAGACCUUAACCGAUUCCCAAAGGGUUCGCUUCACCAAGGAAAUCAAAGGCCUGAAGGUGGAGGUGACGCACUGCGGUCAGAUGAAGAGAAAGUAUCGAGUCUGUAACGUGACGCGCCGUCCCGCCAGUCACCAGACGUUCCCGCUGCAGCUGGAGAGCGGGCAGACGGUGGAGUGUACAGUGGCGCAGUAUUUUAAGCAGAAGUAUAACCUGCAGCUGAAGUACCCUCACUUGCCGUGUCUGCAGGUGGGCCAGGAGCAGAAACACACCUACCUGCCCCUGGAGGUGUGUAACAUCGUAGCAGGUCAGCGAUGCAUCAAGAAACUGACCGAUAAUCAGACGUCCACUAUGAUCAAAGCCACAGCGCGCUCGGCACCGGACCGACAGGAGGAGAUCAGCAGACUGAUGAAGAACGCUAAUUUUAAUCUGGACCCCUACAUCCAAGAGUUUGGGAUCCAGGUGCGGGACGACAUGGCGGAGGUGACGGGCCGGGUCCUCCCAGCUCCCAUCCUGCAGUACGGAGGCAGGAACCGAGCUAUCGCUACCCCCAACCAGGGAGUGUGGGACAUGCGGGGGAAACAGUUCUACAACGGCAUCGAGAUCAAAGUGUGGGCCAUCGCUUGCUUCGCCCCACAGAAACAGUGUCGUGAGGAGGUGCUCAAGAACUUCACAGAUCAGCUGCGCAAGAUCUCGAAGGACGCCGGGAUGCCCAUCCAGGGCCAACCGUGUUUCUGUAAGUACGCGCAGGGAGCCGACAGCGUGGAGCCCAUGUUCAGACACCUUAAGAACACCUACUCCGGCCUGCAGCUCAUCAUCGUGAUCCUGCCCGGGAAAACACCUGUCUAUGCGGAGGUGAAGCGUGUAGGAGACACUCUCCUAGGAAUGGCCACUCAGUGCGUGCAGGUGAAGAACGUGGUGAAGACGUCACCGCAGACGCUCUCCAACCUCUGCCUCAAGAUCAACGUCAAACUCGGCGGCAUCAACAACAUCCUGGUACCACAUCAACGGUCCGCAGUGUUCCAGCAGCCCGUCAUCUUCCUGGGUGCAGACGUCACACACCCGCCAGCCGGAGAUGGGAAAAAGCCCUCCAUUACUGCAGUAGUGGGCAGUAUGGACGCACAUCCCAGUCGAUACUGUGCCACGGUUCGGGUGCAGAGGCCACGGCAGGAGAUCAUCGAAGAUCUCUCCUACAUGGUGCGCGAGCUCCUCAUCCAGUUCUACAAGUCCACCCGCUUCAAGCCCACCCGGAUCAUCUUCUACAGGGACGGCGUUCCUGAAGGGCAGCUACCACAGAUUCUGCACUACGAGCUACUGGCCAUCCGGGACGCCUGCAUCAAGCUGGAGAAGGAUUACCAGCCCGGCAUCACCUACAUCGUGGUGCAGAAGCGCCACCACACCCGGCUGUUCUGCGCCGACAAGUCCGAGAGGAUUGGGAAAAGUGGCAACAUUCCAGCAGGAACCACAGUCGACACCAGCAUCACACACCCCUUCGAGUUUGAUUUCUACCUGUGCAGUCAUGCAGGAAUUCAGGGCACCAGCCGGCCGUCACAUUACUACGUGCUGUGGGACGACAAUCGCUUCACUGCUGACGAGCUCCAGAUUCUCACCUACCAGCUGUGCCAUACGUACGUGCGCUGCACGCGCUCCGUCUCCAUCCCCGCACCUGCCUACUACGCCCGGCUCGUGGCCUUCCGCGCACGCUACCACCUGGUGGACAAAGAGCACGACAGCGGCGAGGGAAGCCACGUCUCGGGUCAGAGUAACGGCCGGGACCCCCAGGCUCUGGCUAAAGCCGUGCAGAUUCACCACGACACCCUGAGGACCAUGUACUUCGCCUGAGAGCCUCAGGCGUGAUGAUGAAGAGCCUCGUCACCUCCCUGCGCUCGAGCCAGUACACACUACAGAUCCCACGCACCUCAACAGAACUAACACAGCAUCGUGGCCUCAUCUGGCAGGCCUGAGCCUCGUUUACCUUGUUUAUUUGUUGUUGUUUUUUUGUUUUUUUUAAAGUGUAUUGUUGUUUACUACCUUCACACCGUGUAUGUAUGUAUGUAUGUAUGUAUGUAUGUAUGUUCGUAUGCAAUAUGGAGGAGAAGCAAUGGCACAACCCAUCCGAAGAUCUGACUUCCAUUAGGACGCUUCGUCUCGCAUCAGUGUUCAGCGGGGAAAACAAGCGUCGACACCUUUUCGUGUGGUUUUAAUUCUUGUUCUACAGACACUUUUUUUUUAUUUUUUAUUAUUGUGUUUUUAUUUUCGAACAGCCUUGAAUGAAAGAUUUUAGCACUUAGAGUUAGCUUUUAGACACCGUGAGCUAGGCGGUUACGUCUUUGUCUCUGUACUCCGGACCGUAGCACGCCGUGGAUGCUGGAGACGCAUCGUUGUGCCCAGCGCUCUCGAGUGUAGCCGAUCUUAUUUAGACAUGCCUCCGUAGUCAGGGGCAGCACUAGCGUAACAAUAGUUAGAGUGCGUUUAUAUGGAAGUCCAAAGGGGUCAUACAUUGUUUUUUUUUUUUUUGGUUUGUUUUAUUUUGUUUUUUUCCUCUGUCUCUUGUUCUUCCUUAGAUGUUUUUUUUCACUCGAUCAUCUAGGCAGCUUAAGCUCCACUGUAUGCCGCAUAGAUAAGGCUAGGUAUAAGGCUAAAGUGGUAGAUAUAGAGUUAAAGGAGUAGUUCGCAAUUUCCUCCAGAGCCCAAAUGUAGUCGAUUGGCCGAAACAUAUUUGAUGUCUGAGGUUCGCUUGCUUUUUUUAGUUUCGCACUGAUGCUCUGAGGCUAAUGUAGCUAAAACAAAUAAGGAAAGCUAAUAGCCUCCGGUUUAGCAUUGUGUAAACUGAAUGUCUAGAUCCCAAAUGGACAAAAGGACAUCACAGAUUCGAAACAAAACAAUAAGGAGGCGUGGUUUAAAGUUUAAAGGUGGGGGUAGAAUUGAUACCCUUAUAGGUCCAGCACAAAACUGAAGAAGCAAGCUUCUAAACGUGUCUUGGCCGAUUUGAAUAUAUUUGGGCUAAAGGGGAAAUUGGGUACGUUUUUAUUUUUGGACGUGCUGGGUUACACGUUCAAAUGUUUUCCCCGUGUCCAUGUGGAUUUCCUUCUGGUUCUCCAGUUGAUUUGGAUACUUUUAAUUGCCCCUUGGUCUGUGAUAGACCGGUGUAGCAUCCCGUUCGACAUCUUGGUAUUACAAAUCAGAGAAAAAAAAAAAAACCCACAUGGCCUCUAUGGACUUCCAUACAUUUAAGAUAAGUUACUUCUAUGUGCGCAACACAGAAACCAGCAUUCUGAACCAGCCAAAUGUGAUGCCAUCCAUUCAAAGGGGCACUUAUCUUUUGGAAACGUGCAUCUGUUUCAGACAGACUGCGUCUGUAUGUGAGGAAACCGACCGUGCAGCAUUCCGACACUGCAGAUAAAUAACAGAGACGCAAGAUCACACACAAAUCUUUCCUUCCUAUUCCACAAGAGCCUUCCAGCAUCUCUAAACUGGUCUGUACACAAAGCAAUACACACAGCCGUGGUGAGCGCUCUCUGCUCACGCUGCACAUUCCACACUGCGAGAAGGACGUGACACACUUCCCCUCCCGCCUUCUCUCGUUCUCACACUAACUCAAAGGACACAGGAACAUGUUUUUUUUUGUAUCAACCAUGUAGCUACCCACCACCUUCUCCUACGUAGAAAUGCGAAAGCUCUGCCAUCAGGUCAGGUCAUGCACAACCCACCCGUCUUCUCCGACAUCCCACACACACACACACACACACACACACAGCCUUAUGAUUACAAAGCCCAAGUCGCAUCCUCCCACGUAGCAGCCAUGACACACACACACACACACACACACACAUAUACUUACAUAUCUGCCUGGAUUUCUACCUGAUGUGUACCAUGUACACAGGAAUUGAUGUUACGGAAGGUUUUUUUUUUGUUUUUUUUUUUACCCAUCCAUGUCAUUGUGGUUUUAUGUAUUGCAUGUUUAAAUUGUGACCGAAUCCUCAGUAACCAUGCUCCCUUCAUUUCUAUGCCGUAAAUUGUUCUUAUUAAUUGUAACUGCACUUGUUGCCCCUUGGUUGCCACCAAGGGGUCACUGUAAGGGGGGGGGGGGAGUGGGGGGUGAAUUCACUUUCACUUGUUUUAGCCUCAAAAGCACCUCAAAACAAAAUGUAACAUCACACACACAUGGUCCAUUGAAAUUUCAAAGGGAUCUUGGUAUGUAACGGUUGAAUAGGUUUACUUUUUUAAAUGAGUAUUAUGUUUCAGCCAACAUCAACUCGAAAUGUAUUUAUAACUUGAAAUGGCCUCUGAUGGUUGGGCCUAUGGAAUUGUGAGAGCUCUGAUCCGAUCCGAUCCGAUCCAGCAGUUUUAUAUCAUGAUGCAGUACUUAACUCACAAGUCAAAGGAGCCUCAAGUAGGGGGAAAAGCCCCUUAGACCCAAAGAGAAGGAACUGGAGAUCUAACUUGACUCAGCCUCACUGUAAAAGCAAUACAAAGCCACUGCAAAAGAAACAGCCCUUAUCUGAGCACUUCCCAAUAGGCUGAUUUGGAAGUACACGUGAACAAAGUUAUUUUGGCUCUGUAUGUAAUAGUGUUGGGGAGGGUUAUUUUUUAAAAGGAAAUAAAAGUUGUUUUUUAUGAAAUUACAAUGUGUCUUGUAAAUAUCAGCCAAUAACUGAGUUUAGAAUUGUCUCCAGAGGUGUGUUUGACAUCACAAAGGAUGUCAGUAAUGAAGCAGGAUCUCAUCAAGCUUCUGUUGGUAAUUUAUGCGAAAUAUAAGACCAAUCUGUGUGUCCUCUAUUCAACUCCCAGUAGAACUGUAUCAGCAAGGACCCAGGACCUGCUGGAGAGAUUAUAUUUCAACAGUUGGCAUGGGAACAUCUGGGGAUCCCUCAGGAGGAGCUGAAAUCUGUAGCUGGGCUGUUUUUCUCAAUUUAACAAUCUGGGAAAAACUUGGAGUAGGGCUGCUGGUCUUCUGAAGGGAAAGGAGACAGGUGAGGUGGUUCAGGGCAGGGGUAGCUCAGUGAUAAAGGCAUCGGGCUACUGGUCAGAAGGAUGUGAAUCGUGGCGUCUCAAUUGUAAAGCCAAAUGAGCUAAAUGUAAAUAGUUACGAGGAUGCCCACUGGAGGGAGAUCCCGGGGAAGACCCUGCUGGAAAGGUUAUACACUAUAUUGUAUAUUACUAUAACAGCAAAGAGGGCAUUAAAUCUGGAAUGGGGAUGUUCCAAAAGCACAUAUGGGUCAGGUGUCCACAUACUUUUGGCCUUAUAGUGUACUCAGUCGGUUUGGGAUCGUCUGGCGAUUCCACUCUAGUAGCUGAAAUCUGUGGCAGGGGACAUGGAAGCCUUGGCUGACCACCUCAGCUAGACUGUCUGGGCCUCAGAGUCCUCAGAGACCCCAGGGAAGACCCAGGACCGGUUGGGGAGAUUAUAUAUAACAAUUGGCUUGGAAAUCUCACAGGAAUCCCCUGGGAUAGGCUCCAAGGUCCCUGAGAUCCUGCAUAGUAAUGGGUAAGCAGUAGACGGAUGGAUGGAUGGAUGGUAGUGUUUUGGUUUGCUGAUCAUGCCAAUGGUUUGAUGGAUAUGAUUUCACCAUUCUGGAAGAUUGUAGUGAGCAAGAUUGUAGUCAGGUCUUUCUUGAAGCACUAAUAAACACACUAUAAAUGAUAAUAUUUCUCAUAAUAUAACUGUCUAUGACAAAAAGACGUACAUUUACUUAAAUUACUUGGGGGGGAAAAAAACCCUGAACAACUGAAGAGGGGAAAAAAGUUUAUUUCCUCUGACGUAUGUUUCUCUUCAUUUUGCUACACCCUCCCCCUCUCCCCCCCAUAACCGCUCGUCUGCUGUCGACCAAUGAACGCUCACCUCUCAGGGGUUCCUAUGUCGUCACUAGAUUACUGACCAAUAAGCUCGCGGGUUUUAGAGGCUCUCGCGCGUGGACGUUAGACUGUCGACCAAUCAGCGUCCAGCUGUCAAACGUUGCUGCGUCGGUCGUCAUAGAUUAACGCUCUCACCAUAUUUAGCCAGUCAGAGCCCCCGAGGAGGCGAGCGAGUCGGUGCUUGAAAACCGGCCUGGAAAAGCAACAAAAACGGUUUCUGGACUUGACAUCUUGACACCGCUUAACGACGAGAUAAAGUGUCGGGAAAAAACAACAACCUGAGACAUUUUAACAGCUAUUUGGUUUGUUGAGAACAGCCGUGUUUCGGAUGGGAAUUUCGGCUAAGCGAGCUGGCUCGCUGGCUAGCUAAGUUAGCAUGGCACCAAGCUAGCUAAACUUUUAGCUACUUCGCGAGCGCAGACGCGAGUCAUUCUUGUCACGAACAAAUUUAUUUUAUUUUUUUUUUGGAAUAAAUAAAAAAUGUUUCCCUC